AACCGUGAAAACAGUGAGGUAAAAUAGCUAAAAGUAGGGCGAGUGAUUCACAGGUGUGUGUACAAUGCAGUACAAUGUACGCACUGCUGUGUGCACAGCAGUGGUCCCCGCACAUAAGGAUUUGAGCUUACAUGUACGGAGUACAUGAGGAAUUGGUCCAGUGAAUACAUGUAGAGCUAUAGACAGACUGUAUAGAUAAACUACUACAUUUACACUCACGUACACGAGGAUGCUAUCACGUACGUGUUUAUGAUGCCUGGUGGGUAAAGGUCGCAGAAAUAAACUGGGAUUUCGUGUUGCCAUGCAAUGGCAGAUACAUUGAGACUGGGCCUAUAUCUCAGUGUCACCCGGUGUGUUUUACUGGUGACACUGUUGUCACAGCGGGGGCGACUGUCUGUGACCUCGGCAAAUGAAGAGCUACCAUGUCGCAUACUAUACCUUAAAGGAGAAAAAACAACUUUAUCAAAUUUCCCAUGGCCUCUGUUUGGGAAGUUCUACUAUCUAGACACUGCAGUUUACAGUACCAGUCCACACACAACUGUGUACAGACAGAGUGGGCGACAAAACAGUGCCGUGACGUUAUUACGGGACUCAAAAAGAGGCUGGGUGCUGGAGGAAAGGUCCGCUGGUGGACUAACAAACAAACUGUGGACAGAUUCAGACAUUUUAGGUAACCAUUAUGGGCAUAGGUGGUCAUUCAUAACCAGUGAUAGACAGACUGGCUUUGUGUCCACCAGGGGGCGCGGGUUUCACUGCGUGUCACAAGCAUUAUUCGGCUUUUCCCAAGUCUACAUAGCCAGCCUGGUCUUCAACGGACUUCCCCAGGGUUACAAGUCCCUGGAGACCUGUCAACAGGGCUGUGCGGCUAAUAACCUUUGUUGGGCAGUCAACUGGGACUUCCAUUACAGCCAGUGUUUCUUCCUGCUGACCACAAUGACCAGGGCGUGUAAGGAGGUAGAGAUGGACAGUGGCUAUAAACUGGACGGAGCCAGGGAUAUGGCCCACUACAGACGUGCAGGCUGGUGCCAGGAUGAUUUUUGCCUGCUAGAUGGCGCCACACGUGUGAACUGCUCCCACACGUGCUACUCCUACCCUGCCAGUGGGACGGUGUGGGGGUGUCAGUGUGACACAGGGUACAGCUACUGUGGACAGCACAGCACGUGUUGUGACCGUGACGAGUGCGCCAACAGGGAAGACUACUGUCCCCCGAGCCAGCUAUGCCUCAAUACUGCUGGGAGAUAUUACUGUUUAACGUGUCCAAGCGGGUACACUGUAGACGGGACGCGGUCCAAAUGUGUGGAUGUAGACGAGUGCACACUUGGUGCGGCAAACUGUAGUCAGUUAUGUAAUAACACGGAGGGUGGAUACCACUGUUCGUGCCAGCCAGGGUUUACUCUGAGGGAGGACAAUACCUCAUGUACAGAAAAUAAUUUGACCGGAGAGUCUUUACCUCCCUCGGGGGCGGUCCUCCAAACAGCGGUGGGCGUGGCUGCAGCUGUUGUCUUGAUGGUUAUGAUUAUAAUCAUUGUGUUGUUGAUUUGCAGACGCAGAAGGCAGAAAGCCACCCAGGAAAGGAUGACAAACUUUACAUACGGUGAACUGGAGCAUUUAACACGCCCACAACCCCCUGGACUUUCAGUUCGACAAGACGGAAAACAGAACUGUUCGUCUCAGUCCACUCCGCAAGCAUGCAACGGUCCGGUACUGGUCUCUGAUCAAGGUGAAGGUCAUUACUCAGAGGUUUCUACAUACUACACAGAACCGGUGUAUGCCGAGCCAGCAGACGUAUCAGACGGUACACAUGGAUCCAGUGAUGCCCCAGUACCUAUAGAUAAACACAUGACUCAUGCUUAUGCCGUGACAGACAACAUUAAUAUUCCUGCGCAAGAUGACCGUUAUGUGGACACUGCGCAUGAUGGAGAAAUCCACAUGGUGGAGAAUGAAAUCUAUGAAGCCAGCUAGUCCUGUGAGAAAAAGGAGUGGGUGGGGUUUUACAACGCAACGACAACAAAAUUAAGUCUCUCUAGUGUUCUGUUCCGUUAAUUACGUGUUCAAGUGCAUUAUGUUCCUUGACAUAAUUUUUCGUUGUUGAUUUAUAUGAAUUAUUAACGAAAAAUGAUGGUGAGAUUAAACACUCUUCAUGCUAUAAU